GUAGGAGCUGCGAAGUGUUGAGACUCGCCAGUGCGCGGGGAGUGAGGGAAAACCUCGUUAAACGUGAGAAGAAAAGUUUCAAUCGGGACUUGGGGCUGAGGGUGAAGCGGCUCUCUGCAGUCGCCAUGCCUUCUGAUUGAGUUGCUGACUGCGCGUUUGAACAUGACGUCUAAUUUCCAGCGGUUACCCCGUCCUCUGAAGAAGGCACAGCAGCUGGCUAGCUGCAGGACCGUGAGGAUAGCGGUACUGGGCCAGGGAGCCGUGGGCAAAACCGCCAUCACAGUUCGCUUCAUCACAAAGAGAUUCAUUGGGGAGUAUGAUCCGACCUUGGAAACAAUAUACAGACACGUGUUCUCAGUGGAUGGAGAGUGUGUGCAGUUUGAAGUUCUCGAUACUGCUGGACAGGAAGAAGACACGAUAUUAAUUGAGGAAAAGAUCAAGUGGGCGGAAGGCUUUAUUAUCGCCUACUCGGUGACAGACCGUUGCAGCUUUGACGAGAUUCUGCGGCUUCGGUUCUUGAUCAGCCACAUUCACUCUGGUCUGAAGCGGCAUGGUGACGCACUGCCCCCAGUGGUGAUCGUUGCUAACAAGAAGGACCUCCAGUAUGACCGGAUGGUCACCACGGAAGAGGGCAGCAGCAUUGCCCAGGCACUCAAGUGCCCGUUCUUUGAGAUCUCAGCCCGGGACAGUUAUGAAGAAACAGUGGCUGUCUUCAGCCUGCUUUACCGGGAGGUGGCCAGCAGUGGAGCUCUGUCUGCCUUCCGACGGAAGGUCUCCUCCAAACUGAUGGACAAAAUUCCCAGAAUCCACUCAACAGCCACUGCAAGCCUGUCCAUGCGGAGUUUCAGCCUGAGUUCAGUCAAGGAUUUCUUAACCGAUUAACUGCAUUCCUUUUGUAAUUUUCAACAGCCCACUGCUCCAAGAACAGCUCUGCUUCUCAACCAUAUAUUGUCCCUUUCAACCUCCCCAUAUUGCCAGAGACUUCCCUAACUCCAUGUACAAGACAAGCUGAGAGAUCGUGGUAAUAGACGCAAUGCUGGAGGAACUCAGACAACCAGGCAGCAUCUAUAGAAAACAGUCUGCUUUGGGCUGAGACCCUUCAUCAGGAUUCUCUGCUGAGAGAUUCUGAGUGUUGGGAAGACCAAAAUCCUCAUCUUCAGUUCCAAUGAAGGCCUUCAAUGCUACCCGACUCUCAGAAUAUUACAGCACAGUAACAUACAGUAUUCAAUAGGUCCUUCGGCCCACAAUGUUGUGCUGACCUUUAAACUUUAAAAGCAAUCUUACCCUUUCCUCCCUCAUUGCCCAUCAUUUUUCUACUAUCCAUGUCUAAGAGAUUCAUAAAUGUCCCCAACACACUUGCCUCAAAACCAGGGUUUUAUAGACCUGCAACAUUACUUUGUGGCUCCUGAUCUCAAUCUCUAACUAACGAAGGCUAAUACACUUUGUGCCUUCUGAUCUCCAGUAUUUUCCAAUUUUAUUCCCUAAUCUUCAAAAGCCAGUAGAAACUCUGUUCACUAACCACCAUCUCCAUCCCUGCUCCUUGUCCAACUUUGUCCUUUAUCGGGCUUGAUGUCCCAUUUUGUGAUAAUGCUCCUAUGAAGCCUUCAGGGAUGAAAAUGUGCAAAGCCAAACCUUUGUUGCCACUGUAAGAUCAUGCAUACUAACCACUGAAUGGGAGGGAGCUUGACUUGUUCAAGUAUGGCCUCGUUAUUGUCACUGCAUUGGCUCCAGACUACAUGAUGUUCUGAGAAACACAUAUAGUGUUCUAUAUCUCUUGUUGCAAGGACCAGUUUGGAUUCAUUUCCUAGAAUUCUAUAGGCUUUACUGGUACUGGAUACAGAUCCCCUCUGGUUUAACAACUGUUCCCUUAGCAGACUUUUGCUAUUAAGGAGUUCCACAGCAUUCUGAAGGGAGAGGGCAAGAGUUUCGGGAAUUUAAAAAAACAAGGCAACUAGUAAAGGCAUCCGUUAGUUUUGCGAGACCAUGGAUCUACGCCUGGAAAGUCUUCACUCUCUAGGGCCCAGGCCUGGGCAAGGUUGUAUGGAAGACCAGCAGUUGCCCAUGCUGCAAGUCUCCCCUCUCCACAACACCGAUGUUGUCCAAGGGAAGGGCAUUAGGACCCAUACAGCUUGGCACCAGUGUCGUCGCAGAGCAAUGUGUGAUUAAGUGCAUUGCUCAAGGACACAACACGUUUCCUCGGCUGGGGCUUGAACUCACGACCUUCAGGUCACUAGCACAAUGCCUUAACCACUUGGCCACGUGCAACCACAAGGCAACUAAAGAAGCCAUAAAGAAAAGCUAAAUGUACCUAUUGAAACCCAUUUAUGUCAAAUGUAUACAAUGUACAUACUAAGUUUUUCUGCCUCUCAAAUAUACAAGUAGUAAAAGAGAUACAUCAGACCGCUGGAGAGAUAGCAAUGACAUCAAACUUUAUAGUAUUUUGUGUCAGUCUUUACCGUGGAAGACACUAGCAGAAUGCCGGAAAUGAGUAUCAGGGGCAGAAGUGAGUGUCGCUGCUAUUACUAAGAAGGUGCAUGGGAAAAUGAAAAGUCUGAAGGUAGACAAGUCACCUGAAUCAGAUGGACUAUACCCCAGGGUUGUGAAAGAGACAGCUGAAGAGAUUGUGGAGGUAUUAUGAUCUUUCAAGAAUCAUUAGAUUCUGGAAUGAAUUCGGAUGACUGGAAAAUUACAGAUGUCUCUCCACUCUUUGAGGAAGGGAGGCAGAAGAAAAUAAGUUAUAGGCCAAUUAGCCUGACCUCAUGUUGGUUGUUAAGGAUGAGGUUUCAGGGUACUUGGAAGCACAUAAUAAUAAAAAAAAAAGGCCAAAGUCAGCAUGAUUUUUUAAAGGGGAAAAUCAUGCCUCACAAUCCCAUCAGGGGCCAUAAUUAAUUACAGCAGCAGAGACCCAGUUACAAGAGUUCAAAUCCAAUUAAAAUAAUGAAAGAUGCCUGAACAACAAAGAUUAAAUUACAAAAUAGGCUUGUAUCUUUACAUUUCUCUAAAGAUACUGCCUGACUUGCUGAGUGCUCCCAGCAUUUCACAAUUUGUCAGCAUUUGCUUGGAAUUCCCCUGAAUUUGGAUUAAAGUUUGAUACAUAAUAGGUGCAGGAAUGCAGUGGGUUGAGCAGCAUCUGUAAGAGGAUAGGAAUUGCUGAUGUUUUGUGACUGAUGCACGGUUUUCACCUGAAACAUCUUCUAUUCCUUUUCAUCCCUCAGAUGUUGUGUGGGUCAAGUGUUGAUUUGUCCAGAAACUAAGAAACUGUUGGGGUGGGCAAAAUACAUUUCUGCUUAGCACUAAGGAAGUAGAGAGGUGGGAGUGGUAUAAAAUAUAAAGAGUACAGAGUGGUAUAAGUUUUUACAGUUUUUGGUGAAAAGCAAUUGAUGGGGUAACAAUUAACUCUAAACCUGUCAAUUUUGAAAACUAACUGCAUUGUGGGAUAGACACCUUCUCCCAGAUCAACAUCCAUACCUAUGGUUAGCCAAGCACAUUGUUACCAUGCCCAAGAAUCAAACAGAUCCUGAGCUCCAUAAAGUAAAAUUAACAGUUGGACAGAAGGUUAGUGGAUGUGUUCAAAGGCCACUUGAAGUGCAACAUCCCUAUUGAUUCCUGAGAGCUUCUGGCCCAGGAUUACUUGAAGUGAGGUAGUAGUAUUCAGGAUUGUAUUGAAGAGCACAGAGGCCCUGCAGGGAGAGGUCCACCCAUGCCUCACAAAUACCUACCCACCUGCCUCAUCUAUUGGAUGGGUGGCAACACAGUAGCAUAGUGGUUAUCACAAUGUUUUAUAGCACUGGUGAUCAAGGUUCAAUUCCCACUGCUGUCUGUAAGGAGUUUGUACAUUCUCCACGUGACCGCUUGGGUUUCCUCCAGGUGCUCCAGUUUCCUCCCAGAUUUCCAAAGGGGUUAGGGUUAUUAAAUUGUGGGCAGAAUUGUGGUGACACUUGCAGGCUGACCCAAGUAAUCCUCCAACUGUUCACUGUUGAUGAAUUUCACUAUGUUUCAAAGAAUAAAGCUAAUCUAUAGUUCCCAUAUUAGCCUCAUCAACCACUACAGAAGCUUAAAAAC